UCUGGCUGAACUGGGAUCCAGGUGGCUGACUAGUGCCUGGCCGCAGACGCGGUGGCAUCUGCCUUCUGCCUUCCCCUGCCUUGGCCUGCCCAAGAGUCCACCAGGCCAUGGAGGCGGUGACUGUGUAUCAUGGCAAAAUCAGCCGAGAGACCGGGGAAAAGCUCCUGCUCGCCACUGGUCUGGAUGGUAGCUAUUUGCUGAGGGACAGUGAGAGUGUCCCGGGCGUGUACUGCCUGUGUGUGCUGUAUCAAGGUUACAUUUAUACAUACCGAGUGUCGCAGACAGAAACAGGUUCUUGGAGUGCUGAGACAGCUCCUGGGGUACAUAAAAGAUUUUUCCGGAAAAUAAAAAAUCUCAUUUCAGCAUUUCAGAAGCCAGAUCAAGGCAUUGUAAUACCUCUGCAGUAUCCAGUUGAGAAGAAGCCCUCUGCUAAAAGUACGCAAGGUACUACAGGGAGAAGAGAAAACCCUGAUGUCUGCCUGAAAGCACCAUGAAGAAAAAUAAAACAUCUUGUACUUUAUUUUCAGUAAUUUAAAUAUAUACUCAGUCUUGUAUAUUGUAGAUAAUACAGUUCAGUGAGCUACAAAUGCAUUUCUAAAACCAUCAUAGUCCUGUAGUGGAAGCAUCUAGCAUGAUGUUAAAGCUGAAAUGGACUUUGUAGAUAAUGAGGAGCUUUGAAAUGAAGAUUGAGGAAAAAAAUCCAUUGGGUUAUUUUCAGUGAUUAUAUUUACAAAUGGAAAAUAAUUUAAAGCAUAAUGGAUACUUUAUAAAAGAUUAAUGUCAACUCUUGCCAAAUAUAAAUAAAAAUAAUCCUUAUUUUUUUGGUCAAAGCCACCAUUUUUAGUGAAAUAUCAUUUGAUAGCUAUUGAUUUUAAAAAGUCUUGCUUCAUUGUAUGGUUAGAAGCUUGUUUGUGUCUUUUCCACGCGUGGUUCUACAUUGGGUGUUAUGCUCUCCACUAGCUAUGGUGUCAUAGGCUCUUUUGGGAUUUAUGAAGCUGUGCGCUGUGUGCUAGAACAAGUACUGGAUAAACAGUGAAGAAUUACGGUUUAAUUCUGAAAGCAACUUCUUGCCGAGUGUUCUGAUGUUGGACAAUAAAAUCUACAGACCAAUCUGGAGCUUUGUUGUUGUUGUAUGCAGUGGAGUCAGUUCCAACUCAUAGUGACCCCAUGCGACAGAGUAGAACUGCCCUACAGAGUUUCCUAGGCUGUAAUCUUUACAGGAGCAGAUCGCCAGGUCAUUUUCCCACGAAGCCACUGGGAGAAUUUGAACCGCCAACCUUUCAGUUAGCAUCCGAGGGCUUAACCAAUGCGCCAACAGGGCUCUGGAGCUUUAAAUCCCAUACUUUAAAAUAUGCUCUAAAACGUGUAUUGUAUUUGAUGCUACAGGAUUGGAAAUUAUAUUACAAAUCCAGCGAAGUGGACUUUUCUCCUUUUCAUUUACUUCUGAAGGGAAACUUCAGGAGCUUUGGCUCAUGAGUAACUGAUUUGCAAGCAGUCUCCCUAUUAGGUAACCUUACAAGAACAUCGAAAAACUUAUGAUUACAUUAAUUUUUAAUAAUUCCAAGUGUCAAAAUUUUAUGCAGUGAUGAGUAUUUGCAUUUUCUUCUUACGUUUAUAUUUUCAUGACUUUUGUGAUUAAUUACAUGUGAAGUUGCUUCAGGGCUCAUAGAAUUCAUUCACUCAAUAGACAUAAGAGGCAGUGGUUGUAGAGAAGUAGAAUCACCCGGUCCCUGCCCUCAGGUAGCUGACUGUCUAGCUGGACAAGAAAACAAUAAAAGAAAAUAAUAAUAAAAGACAAGAAAACAAUAGCCCUAAAAGGUGAUAAGUGCAGAGAUGAGUGAAGUUCCCAGUAUGUAGGUAGAUCUGCCUUCAGAGGCAGGAUGAGUCAACACACAUAGUCUGACCCAUGGUUUACAGAAAAAGGCUAAGUUUCAUUGUAAAUGAAUAAAUUGGAAUUCUGGGUUGUACAUGAGUGUCAGUGAGCUUGGUUAAUAUUAGUGAACUGCCGAGAGACAGAACUGCUCUCUUGUGUGCUGGCAAGAUCUGAUUUCUGAGCUUUUAAAAUGGAUGUUAUGGGAGUCCCUGGGUGGCUCAAAUGGUUGAGCACUCGACUACUAGCCUAAAGGUUGGUGAUUCGAACCCACCCAUAGGUGCAUCGGAAGAUAGGCCUGGCGAUCUGCUUCUGAAAGGUCACAGCCUUGAAAACCCUGCGGAGUAGUUCUGCCCUGCACGUGGGAGUCAGAAUCGACUAGACAGCAGCUGCUAACAAUAUGGGUGUGCAAAGGCCGAGCAUGACCACAGCAGUGCAUUUUAGGCAGUUUACCAUUUCCAGAAGUAAAAGCAUCACUUUAACUUGUAAAGGAAUUCAGAAAGCUGACUUUCAAAAUAACAUGCACAUGUUGAAAUGAUUUUUAAUUAUUUGUAGCUUGAGUUUAAAUUUUAAUAGAUGUGACUAAUUUUUACUCUAAUUUGUUCAUCCUGGAAUUAUCCUAAAUAUAUGAAUUAUGUCAGCAUGUUCCUUUACCAGAGCCCCCCUCCCUUUUUACAAUUUUUUAUUGUGCAUUAGGUGAAAGUUCACAGAGCAAAUUAGUUUCCCAUUCCAUAGGUGGUACAUAAAGUGUUCCAUGACAUUGGUUGCAUUCCCCACAAUGUGUCAGCACUCUCCCCAUUUCUGUCGUAGUUUCUCCGUUUCUUUUCGUCCUGGUUUCCUACCCCUUCCUGCCUUCUCAUCUUUGCUUUUGGGCAAAUGUUGCCCUUUUGAUCUCAUAUAAUUGAUUGUUAUAAGCAACAUACUCCACUUGAGUUUAUUUUA